GAGGCGGGAUCCGGGCGCUGCGUUGGUUGCGGCCUGGCACCAAGGGGGCGGCCCCGGCGGAGUGCGGACCCGGUGGCCGUUGGCGAUUAUGGACCCGGCCGAGGCGGUGCUGCAGGAAAAAGCGCUCAAGUUUAUGGUGAGGAGAAUGUGCAGGCCGGGGAACGGUGGAGGCGGUGGCGUUGGCGGCGUCGCUCAGGCUCGGUGCUCUAUGCCCAGGUCUCUGUGGCUGGGCUGCUCCAGCCUGGCGGACAGCAUGCCUUCGCUGCGAUGCCUGUAUAACCCAGGGACUGGCGCACUCACAGCUUUCCAGAAUUCCUCAGAGAGAGAAGACUGUAAUAAUGGCGAACCCCCUAGGAAGAUAAUACCAGAGAAGAAUUCACUUAGACAGACCUACAACAGCUGUGCCAGACUCUGCUUAAAUCAAGAGACAGUAUGUCUAGCAAGCACUGCUAUGAAGACUGAAAAUUGUGUGGCCAAAACAAAACUUGCCAAUGGCACUUCCAGUAUGAUUGUGCCCAAGCAACGGAAACUCUCGGCAAGCUAUGAGAAGGAAAAGGAACUGUGUGUCAAAUAUUUUGAGCAGUGGUCAGAGUCCGAUCAAGUGGAAUUUGUGGAACAUCUUAUAUCCCAAAUGUGUCAUUACCAACAUGGGCACAUAAACUCAUAUCUUAAACCUAUGUUGCAGAGGGAUUUCAUAACUGCUCUGCCAGCUCGGGGUUUAGAUCACAUCGCUGAGAACAUUCUGUCAUACCUGGAUGCCAAAUCACUAUGUGCUGCUGAACUUGUGUGCAAGGAAUGGUACCGAGUGACAUCUGAUGGCAUGUUAUGGAAGAAGCUCAUUGAGAGAAUGGUCAGGACAGAUUCUCUGUGGAGAGGCCUGGCAGAACGAAGAGGGUGGGGACAGUAUUUAUUCAAAAACAAACCUCCUGAUGGGAAUGCUCCUCCCAACUCUUUUUAUAGAGCACUUUAUCCUAAAAUCAUACAAGAUAUUGAGACAAUAGAAUCUAAUUGGAGAUGUGGAAGACAUAGCUUACAGAGAAUCCACUGCCGAAGUGAAACAAGCAAAGGAGUUUAUUGUUUACAGUAUGAUGAUCAGAAAAUAGUAAGCGGCCUUCGAGACAACACAAUCAAGAUCUGGGAUAAAAGCACAUUGGAAUGCAAGCGAAUUCUCACAGGCCACACAGGUUCCGUCCUGUGUCUCCAGUAUGACGAGAGGGUGAUCAUAACUGGAUCAUCGGAUUCCACAGUCAGGGUAUGGGAUGUAAAUACAGGUGAAAUGCUAAACACAUUGAUUCACCAUUGUGAAGCAGUUCUGCACUUGCGUUUCAAUAAUGGCAUGAUGGUGACCUGUUCCAAAGACCGUUCCAUUGCGGUGUGGGAUAUGGCCUCCCCAACUGACAUCACCCUCAGGAGGGUGCUUGUUGGACACCGAGCUGCAGUCAAUGUCGUAGACUUUGAUGACAAGUACAUCGUUUCUGCAUCUGGGGAUAGGACUAUAAAGGUAUGGAACACAAGUACUUGUGAAUUUGUAAGGACCUUAAAUGGACACAAACGUGGAAUCGCCUGUUUGCAGUACAGAGACAGGCUGGUCGUGAGUGGCUCAUCUGACAACACUAUCAGAUUGUGGGACAUAGAAUGUGGUGCAUGCUUACGAGUGUUAGAAGGCCAUGAGGAAUUGGUGCGCUGUAUUCGAUUUGAUAACAAGAGGAUAGUCAGUGGAGCCUAUGAUGGAAAAAUUAAGGUGUGGGAUCUUGUAGCUGCUUUGGACCCCCGUGCUCCUGCAGGAACUCUCUGUCUACGGACCCUUGUGGAGCAUUCUGGAAGAGUUUUCCGACUCCAGUUUGAUGAAUUCCAGAUUGUCAGUAGUUCACAUGAUGACACAAUCCUCAUCUGGGACUUCCUAAAUGAUCCAGCUGCCCAAGCUGAACCCCCCCGUUCCCCUUCUCGAACAUACACCUAUAUCUCCAGAUAAAUAAUCAUACACUGACCUCAGACUUGCCCAGGACUCAUUAAAAUUGCGGUAUUUAACGUAUCUGCCAAUACCAGGAUGAGCAACAACAGUAACAAUCAAACUACCACCCACUUUCCCCGGACUAACUGAGGAGCGGGGCUUUAAGACUCCUGUUGGGACACAGCUGUCUGCAGUCGACCCAGGAUGGUUUACUCAGCACAGCUGACUGCUUCCGUGCUGCUAUCAGAAGAUGUCUUCUAUCUUUUGUGAAUGAUUGGAACUUUUAAACCCCACCUCCCCUCCUUCUUUCCUCCUGCACCUGUUUUUUCCUCAUUUGGUUCCAGACAGAGAUGACAUAAAUAUAUUUAGUGUUUUGCCAGAA